AGGAUUAUUCUGCCUUCGUUGCCAUCAGGUGAAGCGAUGCGUCGAGCAGUAGCUCUACACUGCGACGUCAGCGGCCGACCGUACCGCAUCGACGACUUCAGGAAACCUCUCAAAGAUUUAGGCGUCAUACAGCAAGUAAGUGGCAUUGGAGCAUAUCAGAUGUCGCACGUGUGGCUAUUGAACAUGAAGACCGUGGAAGCAAAGAAAGCGCUGACAGACGCAGGCGUUAUCAAAGUUAAACACCGGGUAUGUCUCGUCAUUGACCCGACGCGGCAAGAAGUUAAAAUGAAAUUGCACUGGCUAGCGUUCGAUGUUACGAAAGACGCUAUUCGGCGUGCCUUCUAUGAAUACGGCGACGUCAAGGAGGUGACCGAUGACCGAUGGAGAGUUGAGGAUUUUGAAGGAGUUGAAUCGACCACUCGUGUAGUACGCAUGCAACUACGAGAUGGCGUUUCUGUGGAUCAACUGCCCCAUCAGGUGCGUAUUGGCAGCAGUACGGCACUGGUCGUGGUGCCGGGAAGACCGCCUUUGUGCUUGCGGUGCCGAAGCACGGGGCAUAUGCGACGCGAUUGUAAGGUCCCAAGGUGCAGCGAAUGCCACUCUUUCGGUCAUGAGCAGGAUGAGUGUAACCGUUCAUACGCACGAGCUGCAGGGCGACGACCAGAGACUCAACAGAGUGAACUUCUCAUGGAUGAGGAGGAAUCUGAACAAGCGUCUUUGCCUGCGAUACCACAGAAGCAGACGACAUCGGACGACACGCCGGUGCUGGGGAAAAGCAAGCAAGUUUCUUCAGCCCCGGACACGAACGCCGAACGGAAGAUGGGAAGUCAAGCGGCCCCAACGACUAGCGAAGAGACGCGUCCUGCGCCUGCGAUGCACGCCGCGUCGCAGCUGCAAGCAACGCGCCCUGAAACGCCGGCGUCCCAGGCCAACGCUGCUUCGACUCCUCUAAACUCGGCUUCACAGCACUCUUUGGCGAACAAACCACACGAAAAUGAGGAUUUGCCUA